AGUAACAGUUUGCAUGUUUUGUUUGAGAGAGACAGAGAGCAUGGCUGUAACUCUCGAUUUUAGUCAUUAAAUGCAUGAGAGACGACGAAUUACUAAUGACUUCAUUAACAAAAAGUCGUUUUGCUGCCUUAGAGGUCAGCGAUGAUGACAGCGAAGGAGAACUCCAGGGGGUCAGUGAUGAGGCACGAAGGAAAUGCGAUGACAGCAAAAAUGCUAGAAAAACAAAGAAGAAAUGCAAGAAGAAGAAAAGGAGCAGACAGAAAAGUAACGAGUCAUCUGAAACUGCUGUAAUGAAUAGGGUGGAUUCAGGUGGUAAAGAAGCAUCUGUACAAAGUGGAGAUUGGGAUGAAUGGAAGCAAAAAGAUGAACAGUUUGUACUUGGUCAAUUCCAAAGGGACCUAAAGGAAGCUUUGGAAGCAAGUAAACAAGAUGCUUGGCAUGCUAAACAAAAGCAAGAAUUGAUGAAAACAAUGACAAUUAGCCAUGAAGAUGAUGAGAGGAAGAAGGAAAAGCCUGUUGUGAUGUCAUUUAAUGAGUUUCAACCCAUGAGAUCCACAACGGGGAUAAAUUCACCAAAGCUUGAAGAAUCUUCCAAAACAGGACUUGAUAAUUUUCCUGCCUGGCCUAAUGGUUUUCCUGUAGGUACAAGGGGAAGUACAAGACAUUCAAAAGGAAUUGCUGUUAAUGAAGUGCAGGUUAAGAGCGACAGUGAGAAGAAUGAUAAACCUGGGAAGUCAGCCUUACUCUCAAACAGAUCCAAUAAUGGAGGUAGAAUUCCAGACCACUCUACACAAAUGUUAACAGAAAAAAAACUACUCCCAGCUGCCCAUGAAGACCAGUUACGUGCAGAAAUGGUUCACAUUAAAGAAAAGCUUUUCAAAUCAAAUCUUGAACUCAGUGAGCUUAAGAAAAUGAGGACUGAACAUAUCACAAUGAUUGAAGAUCUAAAAAAAGAAUUGCUUCAAGUGAAAAAGAGAAAUAAGCAAUUGUGUUUCAUCCUCAGCCAAGCAGAAAUGAAAGAAAAGUCUGAGUUGCUGACUGAAAUUGAAGAAUUGAAUGAAGUGAAAGAACAGGUGGUGCAGUUACAUGCUGAAUUAGAACAAGAGAGAUCUAAGAAUUCUGCUUUGAAAAGUGAAAUAGCUAAGCCCGUAUGGGGAAGACAAAGGCAUGGUUCAUGUUCUUGACGGCUCCGAAUGAUGUUCAUGUGAAAAGAAAGUUCAGAGUUGUUAUUUUUGUUCUGAUUACUAAACAAUAGGUGCGUACCAGGUAAUUAGGAACUUGCAGUUCCAUCGUAAAGGAAAAGCAUCUCUUGAAAGAAAAAUAAAAGAAAGUCAUUUUGCUUCAAAAA